UCGCCACUGAUUUCCGAGGACUCGACGGUGUGGUCAAGACUUGAGGAGCUUGACCCGCUCACGAGAGAGGACUUCGCUUGGAUGCCUCUACCCUCGACCGGAACCUUGCCAARGCCGCAUUGCAACGCCUUGAUGGCAAAUCUACGCUCCUAUUUGCACACUACAGUACCAGCUCCGUUGACGGACGACGGAGGAGCGGUUGUCGAUCUCCGCUCCUAUCUUGCGAAGAUUGACCGCGAGUACGCCGCCCAAAGGUACGCCGAAACCGACGCUCCUUUGCUCUAUAUCCGCAUUCAAAUCGAAAAGGCAACCUGUAGUGCCUUGAUUGAUUGCGGUGCGUCUCGCAACUUUAUGAGCCAAGCCUUUAUGGCCCGCGCAGGUCUUGGCCUGCGCGUUCGAAGGAAGACGCAACCUACACAAGUUACACUCGCGGACGGCUGCACGCAAAAGUCAAUUGACCGAUGCGUCGACGACGUUCCGGUAUACUUUGCGCCACUUGCGUGCGAGCCGGUGUCUUUUGACAUCCUCGACACCAAGUUCGACAUGAUUCUAGGCAUGUCUUGGUUGCGUAGCGCCGAUCAUCCGGUGAACUUCCAUGACCGAACCGUUCACAUCCGUGAUCGGAACGGAGUGUUAGUCCCAUGUACGGUCGCGACCCCUCACACUUCGAUUGCUUGUCACGUGGUCUCCGUUGCGAGAAUUCGCGACGCCAUAGCUCGGAAUGAUGUCGAGGAGAUGGGCCUUGUAUUCUUGCAUGCUCUCCCCUCGCCGGACGAACCAGCCGCGUCACCGCCGGACCCACGCUUUUCUCACCUCUUGGACGAGUAUAGAGACAUCUUCGAGGCUCCCACCAGAACGGUUCCGGAUCGGCCCAUACGUCACGGGAUCACUCUCGAGGCUGGCGCCGUCCCUCCGCGUGGAUGUAUCUACCGCAUGAGCGAAGAGGAACUCGAGGUGCUUCGCGCACAACUCGAUGAUCUUCUCGACAAGGGCUGGAUUCGCCCUAGCAUUCGUCCCUUAGCGGACAAGAUCCAAGCCAUCGUGGAUUGGCCGGAACCCCGUUUUUGCCACCGUAACAAGGGUCGAUCUCGAGUCCCCUUCGGCGAACUGAAACCGUCGCUGAUUCCUCGGGCACCGCGCCUCUCCAUUGCUAUGGACGUGACAGGCCCGUUCCCCCGCGAUCGCCACGGCCAUGACGGCAUUCUCACGGUCGUUGACCGUUUGAGCAAGUACGCUCGCUUUCUUCCUUGCAAGUAUCAUGCUGCAGCGUCGGAGCUCGCACGACUCUUGCACACCGGUUGGAUUACCAACCAGGGUGUUCCGGAAGACAUAGUGAGCGACCGAGAUACUCGCUUCAUGUCGACCUUUUGGGCUUCCCUCAUGGCUGAGUCUGGUACGACAAUGAAGCCGAGGUCGGCUCGACACCCGCAGACGGAUGGCCAGACGGAGCGAGCGCACCAGACCGCUCAGAUGAUGUUGCGUACGCUCAUCCGUCCCGACCAGAAAGAUUGGGUUGAUCGGCUUCCCGACAUCGAGUUCGCCUAUAACACUUCGGUGCACCUGGCGAUCUGCGUCACACCAUUCGAGCUACAUCAUGGUGGAGAGAAAGCACGGAUCUUCGCUGAUCUCCUUUUGCCACAGGCUGCCGACAUUGACGUCCCUUGCUCUCCCGCUUCCGUUCGGAAGUACCGGGACUUGCUGAUCAAAGCCCGCGCGAAUAUGCAAAAGGCUCAAAUCCGCAUGCAACAGCAAGCUAACCGACGUCGACUUCCAUGUCCUUUCCGCGAGGGAGACCUUGUUUGGGUCCUCUCCGAGGAAUUUGCGCUCGAGCAGGAUGUUUCGCGCAAACUCCUUCCGAAAUGGUUCGGACCAUGGGAAGUCACUUCUGUCGUUGGAGACGACCCCGCAGGUCCUUCCUUCGUGAUCAACAUUCCACCGCACCUUACAGUGCAUCGGGUCUUCCACGCAUCGAAGCUGGCCAUCUACACGCCACCUUCAGUUGACGAGUUUCCCGGGCGUCGAUCACAGGAUCCGCCUUCCAUGGACGGACAUCAGGAAGUGGACCGAGUCAUCACACACCUCAAGUAUGGCAACAAGCCAAUGCAGUACAAAGUCACAUUCAAGCAAUGUGCGCCUGACGACACUCGGUGGAUCUUUAGUGCAGGCUUGCAGACUUCUGCACCCCUUAUCUUCGCCAACUAUGAGAAGACACGACUUGCCAAGGCAGCAGCUCGUCCCACCCGACCCAUCCCGGUAUCGGACAGACAACUCCGCCCUCGCAAGUAGCUCGGUCUUUUAAGAGGGGGAGUGUGUUACAUCUUCGACGCCACAUGGGUCCUACCCGACAUAGGGUUAGAGGGAC